GCGUUUAUAGAGCAGCGAUAGUGAGCGCGAGCUGUUAAUAACAGUUAAAAGAUGGCGUCAGAACUGAUUAAAUCCACCAGAUUCACAAAAACAUCCCAGACUGGUUCCGGCUAGACUCGGAUCAGCGAUGGGUUUUGCUGGUUUUCAGCUUCUAUCAUGAGCUACAGGCUACUAAAGAAGAACUCAGUCGAAAUAAAUCCCCAAAUCCAAAUGUAAUGGAGUUGAAAUGCAGCACAGAUGUCUAGAUGAUGAACUGAAUUACAGUUUUAUGAUCUUUAUUAGCUUUAUAUUGAUCUGGUUUUGUUUUUGGUUAACUUUACUGACACAAAUUAAAUGUAUAUAAGGAAUGAAAUGUGUAUAGUCGGUAUAAACAGGGUUGAUUGAGAACUGAGUGAGAAGCCUGGGCAGUUGGACAUGUUCAGGCUGCAAAUAUCAAUAAUUAAGUCAGUAAGUAAGAGUUUAGCGGCCUGGUUUGGUGUAAAAGUGCUCAGUCCAGGUGUUCAGGUGAGAAGAGAAAUCUCUCGCCCUGUCCCUCUGUUCAUCUGGACACCUCAGAGACAAGCUGUCACAUUAACAGCCAUCUCAGAACUGAGCAGGAUUUCACUCCACAUGGAAAAGGAGGGUGCCCUCAAACCAUCACCAACAGAAAUGGAACAGAUCACAGUGAAGAAAAAGGUGACGAAGGUCAAGAAGAAGCUCAGGAAACCUCGUGGACGUAAGCAGAAAGUGAAGGAAGCCGACUGCGCGGUGAAGCUCCUGGCUGAACUUCCUUUCACUAGCACUGUGGUCUGGAAGGAACUCGGCUUCUCCGACCCUGAGGCGAAGGAGAAGGCCAAAAGGAAGAGGAAGGAGAGGAGAUGUGCGGAAAAUGAGGAGGAUGGAGAGAACGAGAAGAAGAAGAAGAAGAAAGAUAAUCCUCGCCCUAAUUACUUUGUGUCGAUCCCCAUCACCAAUCAAAAGAUAAAACAGGGGGUGGAGGAAGUCCAGGCUGAGGUGUUACAGAAGGACCCUCGUCUCUCCAGAGCCCUGAUUCCCGUGGACUUGCUCCACAUUACACUGCUCGUCACACACCUGUCCACACAGGAGCAAAUCGACACAGCUGCACUGGCAAUAGAAGAGAUGCAGUCAAUGUUGACGUCCCUGGUGGGUGGGCGGAGCCUCGUGCUGCCGUUCUGUGGCAUUGGUCACUUCAAACAGGAAGUAGCGUUCAUCCAGAUCGAAGAGGGAGAGCAUCUCAGUACCCUGACACACAUCGCAGACUCAGUCAGGAGGGCGUUUGAGGAGAAGGGGAUCCCAGUCGGAGACCAGAAAGAUUUCAAACCUCACCUGACCUUCAUCAAGCUCUCACGAGCACCCAAACUCCGGCGCCAGGGGGUCAAGAAGCUGGACCUGAGCCUUUACGCGGCAUUUGAGCAGCGAGUGUUUGGUGAGGAGAACGUGUGUACUGUGGAUCUGUGCUCCAUGUUGAAGAAGAAGGAUGCCGACGGUUACUACCACCGUGAGAAGACAGUCACGUUCGGCCGUGCGUGUGACGCGCAGUGGGUCAGGAGGAUGCUGGACUCGGACAGAGAGAGUGUGUACAGGAGAGCGAGGGAGUUUAAGACACUGUUAGGACGAGCAGAAGUACGAGCACAAAUCGCACGAGAACUGAGUGUAACCGGGACACACACACACACACCAGCAACCUAACCUCACACACGAUCCUUCAUCAUCACACUUUAGACUAAAGAAGAUCGAGAGCACUGAAUGCUGGACAAAAAGCGACUUUUAAUUAAAAGUAAUAUUUUUUUAACGAGUCACUCGAGCUAAACGAGUGAAUUUUAAUUUCAUUUUUCUUCCUGGACAAAAUGUAAUCAUCUGAGCUGUAAAAGUUUACCUGAAGUUUGAGUUUUUAUCCUUCGCCUUGAUCACAAAACAAAGUUUAUUUUAUUUAUUUGUCAUGUUCAAGGUUUUCUGUUCUUGUUGUUGUUUUUAUUUUAACGCGAAAUGACGCUGCCCGUGUGUUCACCUGAUCCUUAAUUACAGAUUUAUUUCAAACAGUGUUCACCCUCUGCUCUGGUUUCUGUUCACCUCCAAGCGUUCUCGGUUAAACGCCGAACCGAAACGGAGCCGUCGCUGUCCCGCCGCCUUCCCUUGUGUGUUUACUAAUCGCUUUAUUUUUAAAUCUCAGAAAUUCGCCGUGGAUUAUUUUUUUUUCUAGAGAUGAUUCCAGCGCUGAUUGCUGAGUCACUCUCUCUUAUAGGAGUGUUAAUAAAGAUUUUUUUGGUCUUUC